GACGUGAAUAUAGAGAGAGCAAAAGAGCGAUUCAAGAGGAGAUGACAGAGACGAAGAAGGCAGAUGCACGAUCGCUUGGCUGUCGCUGUUCAUCCCGUGCCUGCUUAUUCUCCGUCUUGCUAAUGUGCCGCUGAGCCGGAGCGAUCGCAGUCGGCUCGAGCCACAACAAGCCGGUGAGUGUUGCUAGUUUUCAGAGAAGAAAAAUGCACUCUCAAAUAUCUAGUCUUCUUCUCUGCCAGUUUCCCAAAUCCUCAUUCCAAUUCAACCCUGUACAGCAAAUAACGAGUCUGCCAUGGCAACUGCAUCGUUCCAGGACCUUACAAAGCGGCGAAUCGAGACUGCAUUGUCGUCAUUUGGCACCAAGCGGCCACGGCACCACAACCACAGCAGCACGUCACAAGCGGUACGAAGAGACAGGGUCAUACAAGCAGCUGACAACGCAUUAGAAGAAACAGCUGGUAGCAUAGACAGGUUCCGGCCAUGGAGCCGUGACGACCUCUUAGCACGCAUUGGCACAUUUAAAAUCCACACUUGGCUGGUGCAUUCGCUUCAGCUGAGCCCAGUCAAGUGCGCACGCAAUGGGUGGAUAAACAUCGAUUGCAGUACGUUAAGGUGCUCGCAAUGCUGUGCCCGAGUGAUUGCCCAGAUCCCGGAUGACCUGGACGACGACGAGGAGGUUUUGUGGGUGGAUCGGAUCAGCCAGCAGCUGCAGAGCUCGCACAACGACCGGUGCCCAUGGAAAGGGAACGAGUGCGACAAGGCACUGUACGGAUUGCCGUUGGCUACAUCAAAGGAGGUAGUCGACAGUAUAUGCGGGUAUGCAGUGGACUUGUUGAAACCGCGUGAGCAGUUUCCGGCGCUGGUGCAUCCGCUGAGCUCAUUCCAGGCAAACCUGCUGAGCGACCUGGCGGGGAAAAUAGCAGGCGAAAGUGAAACCACUACAAAGGCAGACGCAGAGUCAGCGUUGAUACUAGCCCUCUUUGGGUGGCGGCCAGACCCCGAGUUCUCCAAGCCGGCGGUCAAAUGCGAGCUGUGCUUCAGAUCAGUUGGCCUGUGGCUGUUCCAGAACAAUGGAAAUGCAGCAAGGGACACGCUCAAUGUGGCAGACGAGCACCGAUCGUUCUGCUACUGGACACGUGGCUCCGAUGCUGCAGCAUCAGCAAACUCGUCGGCGCCUACGGCUGCCCUGUCGGCAUGUUGCAUUCCGGGCUGGCAAAAGGCUGCAGCAUCCAUCUUGCGAGCCAAGACGAUAGGUGUCGGCACCGAAACCACAGGCGACGACAGUGGCUCUAAUGAGAGCGCAGCUAGCAGAGGACCCAGCUCGGACGAUGGGUCGGCGAGCCAGACGGAUAUAUUGAAGAAACUGCGACCAUUCAACAUCUCCGCCAUCUCAUCGGCAGCUGAGGCAUUUGGCAUUCCAUUCAGCACAAGCAUGCUGGCUGAGGCAACCCGGAGGCUGGCGUCGAUCAUGGCAGCAGAAAACAGCCUUGGUGAGUCCUGGGCACACUUCCACUGCCAGCGCUGGCGAUCACAGCGAGUCGGCGGUUCUGUUUGCAGAGGAAGCGCCCGAUAGUGAUUUUGCCGAUGACAUGCGGUGGGGCGACAACCAGGAGCCGACGGCGGGUGGCGAGAAUGUGGAUGAUAUCAUCCCGGAGCCAAUCGACACCAGCGGAAUUGCGUCGCUUGUGGGUGGCAGCUCACUGGCUAGUGCGCUUGAGGACCCUGCAAAGGCACAUGCAAUCCUGGAGUACGUCAAGGGGCUGCUGAAGGCGCGGAAUCAGGCUAGCGUGGCUGCUA